GACGGCUUUACUGUCAGCGUUAGAAGGUCGGGUAACAAAUUAGUGGCUGAAUAAGUAUCAUGCAAAUAAUUUGUGGAAGCUGAAAAUGUUUAUUGAAACGACAAAAAAAAGCGUCAGUAGUUCACUUAGGAUAACGCCCAAGUUAGGCUAAUUACAGUAAUGGGAGUACAAUACAGUACCCUUAAUCGGGGGCGUGGUCAUGUAAAGCUAUGCCUCGCAGUGUGUAUCUAUUAUUGUGUUGAAUGGUGAAGGCCCUGCUAUUUCUGUGGUUCAGACAGAUUGGUGGCUAGCCAGUUUGGGUUGGUAUGCAAUGUAUGAUUAGCAUAGAUACAUACAUUUCCGAAUCGAAGGAUUAAUUGCUUCGCCAAAAUGUUUUUUAUACGUUUGCUUGAACGUUUACCGCCUGACCUGGAAUCAGUCUUAUUGUAAAAAUGAGGCAUUUUAAGAAUCCAAGCUAGCUGUCUAGCUAGCWUUCCAUCUUGUAAAGUCAAUAUGCUUUGCUAGCGUAACGUUAGCCAAUUUGCUAGCUAACCGUUAGCGGACUAAUCGUGUAAACGUUUGUUAUUUUGGUUUGCUAGCUAACGUURCAUUUUAUUGAUGGGAUAACGUUAGCUGGCAAGGUGUCCUGUAGUUUGUCCAUCUGACUUCCUAAACCUAGCUAACGUUAGUUUACCAGCCUCYGCUUUAUUCCUUUAACUAUCGUUUCGUUUACUGGAUUUGACGUAACAUUAGCUGGCACUGGCUAGUAGCUGCAAGAUAUGGCCACUGCCUCUAGCUCCUGUGUGGGGAGAAAUGUGUCUAGAAAUGGACCCUCUGUCUCGACCCCGACCUCGGGAGCACCUGGACAAUCACAGCCUAUGGUCGUUGUAUGGGAAUGGCAGGAUGAUCUUGGCGUCUGGCGGCCGUACAGCGGCCAGGUGAGCGGCUACAUAGAACAAUGUUWCUCUUCUUCGCGGGGACACAGAGGUGGGGGUCCUGGCUCCACCAGUAUCUGGCUCGGACAAUCAGAUCCCAGUUUGUCGCCUUAUCUUAUAGACAUACCAAGCUUGAAGCAGUUCCGCCAAGAUACAGGGAAAACGCGGUCUGUACGCCGUCAAUUGUUUGCCCAGUCCUCAGGCUUGGGUAGCGGAGUAUAUUGGGAGUGGGUGAAUGACGAAGGAGGAUGGACUCCAUACGAGACUCGCACUUCUAUCCUACUAGAACACAGCUACCAGGCACGGCAGGCCACGGCGGACAUUGUCUCACACGGCUAUAACUACAUAGUGGACCUCACGGCGCUGGCCCAGGUCAACAAGGCCACGGGCUACCGGCGGCAGGUACGACGGCAGGGUAAYCUCCCCUACCCACUGGCAUCUGGUGCAUCCGUCAUCCACUCGGGCCCGGCCUGCUCCUGCCAGCAGUGUCUGAGCCACAGCAGCACUGGCCCCAUGUCCAGCCGCUCGCGCCACUCCUUCUCGUCRGGGCAGCUGAGCCGGCCUAGCCUCCAGGUCCCUAGCAGGGCGACUGGAGCUCACCCCACCUCAGUGUACUCACCCUACCCCAGGAGGCCUCUUUCUGUGGGGGGAAUGGCGUGGGGAGGCCCCUGGCCACUGGCACCCUCCGCUAGUCAACUCCCUGGAGCUCAACUKGCCUUCUCCACCAGUGCCAAUGGCUUAAGUAUCCCCGCCAUCCCUGUGCAACUGAAUGGAUCCACCAGUGUGAGCUCAGCCCUGGCAGGCAUGGCCUCCAUUUUGAUGUCAGCAGUGGGACUCGGCGUGCGCUUCAUGAGUGCCCCCUCCUCCGCUCCUCCUCCCCCCAGCAGCAGCAGCAGGCCCGCGGGCUCCAAAAGUCGCAGCUCGGUUAGGAGGGAAAAGAGGCAGCACAGGACAGUCCCGGCCCAGAAACCAGAGGAUGUCAUUCACCGCUACAUGGAGGAAGUGGCCUCUGCUCAAGACGAGGACUGCAUCAUCUGUAUGGACCGGCUGUCUUGUCCGUCGGAUUAUGACGUGGCGUCUGAGGGAGCACAGUCCAUCCAGCCUGGCGCCGUGGGCAAGUUCAAGUGUGGACACACCCUGCACAUGCUCUGCAUGCUGGCCAUGUACAACAAUGGUACCAAGGAUGGCAGCCUCCAGUGCCCCUCAUGCAAGACAAUCUACGGGGAGAAGACUGGGACCCAGCCCAAGGGGAAGAUGGAGAUCUAUAGUAUCUCCCAGUCCCUCCCUGGCCACCCCGACUGUGGAACUAUCCAGAUAAUUUACACCAUCACCCAUGGGAUACAGGGUCCAGAGCACCCUAAUCCCGGGCAGUCGUACACCUCUAGAGGCUUCCCUCGCUUCUGCUUCCUCCCAGACAACAAAAAGGGCAGAAAGGUGCUGGAGCUGCUGAAGGUGGCGUGGACACGGCGCCUCAUUUUUACAGUGGGAACGUCCAGCACCACCAGCGAGCCCGAUACGGUGGUGUGGAACGAGAUCCAUCACAAGACGGAGAUGAUGUCCAACGURUCGGGCCAUGGCUACCCGGACCCCAACUACCUGGACAACGUGCUGUCCGAGCUGGCCUCCCAGGGGGUGACCGACGACUGCCUCCUCAGACAGGAGGGCYCCAGCCAGGGGGGAGCGUCAAACUCUAGACUGUGAAAACUGACCCUGAAUYAGUUACUGAAAUCUGGUUAUGGCUAGGGAGCAUCCGACUGUGAAACUGACCGUGAAUCACUUUCCUCGUAAUGUCGCAACUUCAACAUAGAGAACAUAAGGG